GCCGGGGCGGGGCCGCCCCUUUCCGUCCGUCCUUCCUUCCUUCCUUCCCGGCAUGGCGGAGUAUUCCUGCGUCAAAUCCACCAAGCUCGUCCUCAAAGGGUCCAAAGGGAAGAGCAAGAAGAAGCACAAGGAAAAGAAAAGGAAAAGGGAGGAGGAUGCGGCAGAGCAGCUCGAUAUUGUUGGAAACUGGUGGGCUGUCAGUAAUUUCGGUGAAAUUACAGGAACUAUAGCUAUAGAAAUGGAUAAAGGAGCUUACAUCCAUGCCCUCGACAAUGGCUUGUUUACACUUGGAGCACCACAUAAAGGUGAUGAAGGCCCUAGUCCUCCUGAGCAGUUUACAGCAGUAAAGCUAUCUGAUACAAGGAUUGCUCUCAAGUCUGGUUAUGGCAAGUACCUUGGUAUAAAUUCAGAUGGACUUGUUGUUGGACGUUCCGAUGCAAUAGGAUCAAGAGAGCAGUGGGAACCUGUCUUCCAAGAUAGGAAGAUGGCAUUACUAGCAGCAAACAGCCGUUUUAUUAGGUGUAAUGAAGAGGGGGACAUAGAAGCCAGAAGCAAAACUGCAGGGGAAGAAGAAAUGAUAAAGAUUCGUAUUUUUUUUUUUUGAGAAGCUAAGAAGAAAGAUGAUGUUCCACAAGAAGACAAAGGAAAUGUUAAACAGUGUGAAAUCAAUUACGUGAAGAAAUUCCAAAGUUUUCAAGACAAAAAGCUUAAAAUAAGCAAAGAAGAUACAAAAGCCCUUAGAAAAGCCAGAAAAGAAGGCACUUUUCAUGAAAUGCUACUUGACAGGAGAGCUAAAGUGAAAGCAGAUAGAUACUGCAAGUGACUCCAGCUGGCCCAUUUUCUUCUGCAACUUUGGCAGCAUGAAAUUGAAAAAGAGUAAAAUAUUUUAUAGUUGUUUUUUAUUUAAGGCAUUUUUAAAGUAUCUUCAGGAAUUGUAUUAAAAUUUUCUCAGAUAUUAAUAACCCAGUUAUCUUGUUAAUUAUAUAUCACUUGUGAAUACUUGGCUUGUAUUAAGGGAAUGGCUCCAACAAAAAUUAAAGGUAUCUCAGUCACCAAUGGUAAGUUAUUUGCCACGUAACUUAAGCCCUGGGAGACAGUCUGUACAUUGCCUUAAGAGAGAAAGCUCCCUGGCUUUUAGUUUCUUUUAGGACAAAAUUUAGAAAUAAAUAGAUGAUUGUAUACAAAUGUUCCUGGCCAGAGUCAGGAAUUCUUGGAUUAAAAUGCAGCAUAGCUGUGAGGUGUGCUGUGAAAGAGAAGGAGAACAAAAGUUACUAAUUUUUUUCCAGAGCUUCUUAGUUUGGCCUAGGACUGGGGAUUAGGGUUCAUUAACUAGUUGUUGUAGUAACACACUACACGUCCCUCCCCAGAAAUGUGACUGAUGUACAACGUGCCAUUGGAAUAUCACAGUGCUGCUGUGGCCUGCUGCCAAAACUUCACUCAGGAGCACCGAGAAAAAGACAGCACUGCAAGGAGCAGGCUGCAGGCCAUACUAUUGAUUGGAAGUUCAAUGCAGGUGUCAUUGAUCCACAGUCACUGUGAAUCUUAAAUGCAUCUGAAGUGAAGGUGGCAGUAGAUUGAUGUAACAGCAUCUGGUCUUCUUUCAAGAAUAUAUUGUUUGAAUAAAAACUUGCCUUGUAGAACCCACAAGAAUGAUUAUUCAGAUACACCAGGAAGCAGAAGUAUAUGCUCUGGUGGGGGAGAGUGCUGAAAGGACUGCUCAGUAGCAGAAUAAGAGCCUGAGAAUUAACCCUGAAAGGGAAUUUUCCAUUUCAUGUUAGUGUAAAUAGGAGAAUGCAGUGUGCUGCAAGUGUUGCAAGGGAAAAACGGAACUGAGAGAAAUGUUUGGCACAGAGAGGAAGGAGGUGAGUAAGUGAAGUAAAAAGCAAUGGCAGAGCAAAUGAAAUGAGACUGUCCUUAGUGGGAGAGGAAGUACUAGAAUUGGCAAGGGACUGGCAGCCUUGCAGAGAAUAAGGGUAUUUUAGUAGCGAUGGGUUUGCCCUGUAUGUUGGGACUCAUGAUACACUAGAGUCUUGAGAAAAUGUGUUCUGAGGUAACACACAAACAGGGAUCUGGGGAAUUGACUGGAAAUCUAGUCCCAAGAAAAUGAAAUCAAAGGUAUAAUGAAACAGUGCAGAUCAAUGUGUUAACUGUUGCUAUGAGGAAUCUUUUUGGAUGUUUUCUCAAUGGAAUUAUUCAUGGGGUCAUCUUGAAGAUACUACAUCCUGACAGUAGUGUUAGCACAAGGAGCUUUAAAGGUGCUGGUGUGGACCCCGAAGGCAAGGCAUUGUGAUAGCAGUACAACAGAAUAGCCAUAGUCAGAGAAGGUGACUGCUGCUGGAAGGUAACUGUUUCUUAAACUGAGAAUUUCUUUACUAGUGAAAGAACUAAGUCAGAAUCACAAAGUAGCCUCAAAAAAGUAUACUAUGUAAUGUGAUGAUGUCAUCAUUUUGUCUUCAAAGCAUUUGGAAUGAGUUUUUCAUUUUCCAAAGUCAUUGUUUAUUUUCUCCUGUUAAAAAUGUACUAAAGAUGGUAAAGCAUCUAGACUAUGAUAAUGAAGUCCCUAACAGCUGUCACCCCAGAUAUAAAUGAUGACCAAAAGAUGUUCAGAAAAUAGCAGGACCAACUUAAUCAGACUCUUUUUUACCCAUAAUAGUGUAUUUGGAUAUCUGGAAGUAAACACAGGAUUAUGGUCUCAAAUGUAUUUGUUUUCAACUGAAAAUAUUUUCCAAACCCUAUAGAAACUGCCUGAUGUCCUGUUUUUAAAGAACACUCCCAUGAAAAUCUCAAGAUUUAUCCUGUUACACUGUAAUUUUCCUCAGUUCCUAAAUCCACAGAUACUUUCUGUAUCUUCUUUCACCAGUGCUUAAAUGUUUUUAUGCCUUGGUCUCUAAAGCUCCGUGCAAUUCCCAGCUUCUACUCUGAACCGGCUCCUUACACUGCUGUAUGCUCUCCUCCCAAGCUUUCCCACACUACAGUACAUUUUUUAUCGUUUCCCGUUUCUUAAUUUUUGCAGUUCCAUGCAGCUUUACAAUCAACUGUCUGCCAAGGAGUUCUUUUUCUUGCCACCCCCACUUGAUUUUGUAAGAGAGUUAAUUGCACAGGCAGUUAAGUCACAAUGUAGAGACUGCAUCACUUCUUUUCUGUGUGCCUAAAAAACAUGUGACAUAACUUAGGCACUGCACAGUGAGACACAUUAUCACAUGAGACAAGAUAAAUUGCAGCCUGGAAAGUUUUGAGUACUUUUUCAUGGUGCUUCCACCACCUGUUGCUGAUAUACACACUCAUGAAGCAUUCAUUUGCUCCCACUAAAAUGAUAAUGGUCGUAAUAAAAUGACAGUACCCA